AUGGAUCAAUUCAACAAAACCACCAUUCUCUUCAUCGGGACCCUCUCCUGCCUCCUCCUAUCCAUCACGGCCGUCCCCUCAACUCGCGUCUUCGAACUCGCUCCCAGCCAAGCCCCGACCGUCCAACCCAAAGCCUCUGGCAUCCGACUCUUGGCCAACCUUGUGGCCAAAAACGCCAAGCAAUUCAGUCCAGAGAUCCUUAAAUUCUGCAGCGGCACCGAGCACGCCGCCCUUUGCGCCGAAACUAUUGCACCAUACCUAGCCGGCGAAUUCGACCCGUUGAAGGCUCUGGAGAUGGAGAUCAACGCGAGCAUGGAGAAGGCGAAGGAGAUCGGCGGGAACAUCAAGAAGAUGCUGGACAACCCGGCCACUGAGAAGAAGGCCAUUGACGCGCUGGGCAUUUGCCAGUCGCAGUACGAUGACAUGGUGGAUAGCAUGAAGGAGGGCGUGGAUUUGGUGCGGCAGCAGAACGUGGUGGAUGCUCGGUACAAGCUCAGCUCUGUGCUUUCGUACAAAAGCGCCUGCGAUGACGCUUUCACCGAGUCUCCCGGCGUCCACAUUCCCUUCCCUGAAGACAUCACCAAGCUGUUCCAGUUGACCAGCAACUGCCUCGCCGUCAUGGAUGCCAUUGUUCACAAGCACAAGAUGUAA